UCCAGGCACAUGACCAACUCCAAGAUCACAUGACAAUACGGAAGUUCAGCUGGAAAAAGAAACAUGCGCGAGCAAGCUGAUGAGAUCAGUGGAGCUGCAUGUGCAGCUGCGAUGAGCUGGCGAGGCGACGAGUACUAGUGCAGUGUCAACACUCGAUCUCCACUGACGUACAUCAGCUGUCAUUAAUUCUGUUCUUGGCAUGACUUGAGUUUCACGAGAAAGUAUGAUGCUGAUUUUGAUAAUCAUCUCACUAUUCGGUCUGGGACUGGGUCUCACAUUUCCAACAAGGAAUGGACUGGAGAGAAAUGACAUUUCACUGUCAUCAGUUGCUGAUGAUGGCGAUCCCGUUUUCCAUACACAACCAGAGCAGAUUCACAUUUCUGCUACAGGUGAUGUAUCUGAAAUGACAGUAACAUGGAGCACCUUAAAUCAAACCAGACAGUCAGCAGUGGAAUAUGGUCUGUCAUCUGGCAAUUUAAGUUCUGUUGCCAUGGGAACAUCAACUAAGUUUGUUGAUGGAGGACCUAAGAGACACACCCAGUUCAUUCAUAGAGUCAGAUUGAUAGGACUCAAGCCAGGAGAACUCUACACAUACCGAUGUGGAGGUGAUGAGGGCUGGAGUUCACAGUUCACAUUCAAGACUUUCCAAGCUGGUACUAAUUGGAGUCCAAGAUUUGCUGUCUAUGGGGAUAUGGGCAAUGAGAAUGCUCAGUCAUUAGCAAGACUUCAAAUUGAAUCUCAAGAAAGAAUGUAUGAUGCCAUUCUUCAUGUCGGUGACUUUGCCUAUGACUUUUCUUUUAAUGAUGGAGAAACAGGAGAUGAAUUUAUGCGUCAAAUUGAAUCAGUCGCUGGAUAUGUGCCUUACAUGACAUGCCCUGGUAAUCAUGAAUAUCACUAUAAUUUCUCCAACUACAAAAAUCGCUUCACAAUGCCAAUGUAUGAAGAUACUAAGAACCUCUGGUACAGCUGGAAUGUAGGACCUGCACACAUCAUUUCUAUCUCAACGGAGGUAUACUUCUAUGUGUACUAUGGUCUUCAUCUUAUCAUCGAUCAAAUCAACUGGCUGAAGGCUGACCUAUUUGAAGCAAACAAGCCAGAGAAUCGGAGCCAACGUCCAUGGAUUAUCACAAUGGGUCAUCGUCCAGCUUACUGUACCAAUAAUGAUGGUGAUGACUGCACCAUGAGUGUUAGCAUUAUUCGCAGUGCCUUAGAAGAAUUGUUUUAUGAUAAUGGUGUUGAUGUUGAAUUCUGGGCCCACGAACACAGCUAUGAACGUCUUUGGCCAGUCUACAAUCGCAAGGUUUAUAAUGGGAGUCUAUCUGAGCCUUAUAACAAUCCAAAAGCACCUGUUCAUCUCAUCACAGGAUCUGCUGGCUGUCGGGAAAGACGAGAUCCUUUCACACACUCUGAACCCUGGGAUGCUUUUCGAUCUAAUGACUAUGGAUACCACAGGAUGCACAUCAUCAAUAAUACACAUAUCAACUUUGAGCAGGUUUCUGAUGAUAAGGGCGGAGCAGUGAUUGACAAGUUCACUCUUAUCAAGGAAAAACAUGGACCUGAAGCAUGGCUUUAAUAUCUUGUCCAAAGAUGGAAGAAAUGUGUAAAGAAAUCACCAUGCACUCUCAGAAGAGAGCUUUAAUAUCUUGUCCAAAGAUGGAAGAAAUGUGUAAAGAAAUCACCAUGCACUCUCAUAAGUGAGCUUUAAUAUCUUGUCCAAAGAUGGAAGAAAUGUGCAAAGAAAUCACCAUGCACUCUCAUAAGUGAGCUUUAAUAUCUUGUCCAAAGAUGGAAGAAAUGUGUAAAGAAAUCACCAUACACUCUCAUAAGUCAGCUUCAAGGAGGGUAUUAUUAGUAAAUCAUACAAUAACGGAGAUGGAAACAUAGUGAUGUUUUUACAUCUUUUGGUACAUUAUUUUCGUAUUUGUAUCUACCGUUUUGAAGCAGCAAAUACUGUUUCAUAAGUUAUUUUCACAAAAGGUUUGAGUAAACACAUAACAAAUGAGAUUAUUUGUAUAUAAAGGAGAUGAUGAUGUUGGUGAUGAACAACCUAAUGGGAAGUGGUGUAAUUUACUAUUAGGAUAUACCUGUAUGUAUAUAUUUUAGCAUGGUAAACCUAGAUAGAAUGUGCAAUACAAUUAUGCUGCAAUGUAAUAUUCAAUAUUCAAUUCCAGCACCUUUCAACGUUAGGAUAGUAUAAAAGGAAAUUUGUUUGUAUCAGAUGUGAUGUUUAUAAUUAUGUAGAUAUCAAGUGUUGAAGAUAAUUUCUGUGUAGUUUAACCUAGGAAGUGUGAUUUUCUUAAAGAUAACACCUGAAAAACAAUUUGACCGGUUUUACCGAUACCUGCAUCUUAAUUUUUUUGGGGGAAACAUAUUUGACCUUGGGUUUUGUACACCAUUGACUCACAAUGUCUGAUUUAUGACAGUCAAAUAUAAUCAGUUUAUCUUCUAAUGAUGCAUACUGAUACCAAGUUUGAAAAUGACUUUGCUUGAUAGUACUUGGGAGGUGAAUGAAAAAGCUUACAGCAUAUUGAAUGGUGUAAUCAUAUACAUGUAUCUCAUCUUUACAUGAUGUAGUCAAAUGCCAAAACAAUCAAAAGGAAAAAUACUGAUUUACAAAUAUAGGACUAUUUAGGUAUAUAAAUGACAAAUAUGGAUGGAAACAAAACACAAAGGCUCAUAUGCAUUUUCUUUAUCUAUAUGUUAUAAGAUACAGACAUUUCAUUCCAGCAUAAGUCAUUUAUAUUUGCCACUGUGUAAUAUUAUUUUUGUUGUUGUUGAUUUAUUACUUUGUUAGUGGCAGUUUACCUCAUCAUGUGCGACCAAGGCUUAUGGCUCAAUGUAAAUGCAGUUUGUAAGGGCCUUGAUUUUUUUAUUUUUUCAUUUUCUGGUGUUGAUUCAAAAUGUUAAUGUGCCACUAUUAUUAUGGGGGGGGGGGGGUACUGAGAUUUGGUUUCGACAGGGGUGUGCUGCUCAAGCCUCACAACCCCUACCCAAUUUUUAAGGGUCAUUUUGGGGGAUUUUUCUCGAAGUAAGGCCCAUUUUUCACAAUUUUCGGUUGUUUGCAAUGCCAACACCCCAACAAAAUAUUUUUUUAAUGAUAUUUUUGAUAAAAAUGUGACCCAUAUGUUUAGGGUUUUUUUGUUAAAAAGUGCACACCCCUGUUUGUCUUAAUAUGUGAGUAUCCCCCCUCCCCAGGUUAUUGACAAACAAACAAGAUAUUUCUAAUUACAUAUUGCUCCACCAAGGAAAUUAUAUAUGGUGGUCAAUUUAUAUAAAAAAUAGCAUGGAAAAAGUUUCUUGAAUGUUUAUCAUUCAUUGUACAUGUAUGUUACCACUAAAUCCCUUGAGUUUCCAUGCAUGAAAUUGCAUACAGUAUGAGUGUUUGGUAUAAUUGGAAAGGAUAAUGAUUCUACAACUUUGAUAUGAAUAAUUCAGCAUUGCCUGUAUUUUGGUUAUAUCUCAAGACAAUCAAAUCAGCUUGGCACAUCAGAAGUUAAAAUGUAUUUUUAUUUACCGGCAGGGUAUUGAUGAUAGAGUGGGUUUAAUCUGUUUGUACCGGCCAUGGUGAUACAAUACUUCAAAAUCAAGUUCUUUUUUUUUCUUAUGCUUGCUCUCUUUGCUUUUCCCCUAUUGCUUUGUGUAACGUAUUGCUCUAUCCCCAUUUGCCUCUCAUUGCUUGUAAACAUGUUUAUUUGGUAUGCCUUUUGUUGAAAUAAAACUGGUAUGCAGUAUGAACCAUAAAAAUGUAUAUAACCCAAACCUAUAUGAGUGAAAGGGCUUCUCAAAAAUUAUAUCCUCCUCUCCUCUUUGCCUAUCACUUUCUUCCUUUCUUCCUUUCUUCUUUUUAUAAUGUAUGUUAUGUAUUUGUGUAUUCGGGCGUACCCAUUACAAGCUCCGCUUAUCGGGUUUCACGCCUUCUUCCUUGUAAUACAAGUUCUUUAAUUAUAUUUAUGUUCCUACAUAUAAAUUGUAUUGUUUGAACAGAUGUCAAAUAUGUUUGUCAAAUUGAAUGGAAGAAAAUAAAUGUUCAUUUGAAUUGAAUUGAAUUGAAUAUUCCUUGCUAAAUUGAUUUUAAAAACGCCAUACCAAAUAUAAGUAGUAAUUUGUUUCAAACGUUUAAAAGCUGGUAACUUCAGUCAUAUAUAGUUGAUCAUAUCAAGCGUGAUGAUUGUAUGUAAUUCCAUUCAUAUUUGACACUUUUUAAAAUGAAUUAAAAUGCAUUGACACAACCGACUUCCAUAGCUUUUCACAUGCCAAUAUUCACUAUUCACUCAUCACAUUGAUUAUCUCUCAGUAGACAAGUUUCAAGUUUUAUUAUUACUGUAGUGAUGUAUACAUUAUACAUAAAAGUAAUGGGUACAAAUUUGUGGAUUGAUGAAGACUAAUAAAUUUAAGCAUGAUGCACUUUUAACUAUUUUAUUUCUUUAUCCUGACAUGUAUAUGAUGUGACAUAUAUGGUGGAGGCAUUUGGCAUAUUAUGAGCUAGGGACCUUGAUUGAUUCCAAGCAGAGACAUUUUCCUCAACCUUUAUAAAAAAUGACAGAGGGAGGACAGUUAUAAUGCCAAAAGGGGAAAUUUGAUCUAAAGGGCAAGUCUGAUGCAUUUUGCAAGUUGAAUAAAAAUUUGAUAAUGAAGAAAAAUUUAACAAAACUGAAAUUUUCAUCAAAAUUGGACGAGAAAUGAGAAAUUUAUGGAAUUUUCAAGUUUCGUCGCACACACACGGCAACCUCUUUAAGAGACAAAAUGUAGAUUACAUUAUUUUUAUGAAGAGGAAAAACUGACAUGGAUUGUAAACUACUAUCAUGCUAUGUAUAUUGUGUAUGCUUGAUCAGUGAUUUAUAAAAAAUAACUU